AUGAACACAAGACCCAAAGAAGCAACCCAGUUUGGCAUCCAGCAGCAACUGGCCAUGGAAAGCAGUGGGAUCGGCAGAGUGGCUCCCCUGGAGGCCGUGCUCUUCGACAUUGACGGCACCAUGGCCAUCUCGGACCCGUUCCACCACAGGGCCACCUCGGAGAUGCUCCUCAAGGUGGGCUACAACAACGGCGUCCCCAUCACGCCGGAGUUCGGCAUGGCGCACAUGGCCGGCCGGAGCAACGAGCAGAUCGGUCGCUUCCUCUUCCCGGACUGGGACCAGGCGCGGCUCGACGCCUUCUUCGCCGAGAAAGAGGCGCUCUUCGCCAGGUACGCCGGCGAGGGCCUCAGGGAGAUCGCCGGCCUCACCGCGCUCUGCCGCUGGGCCGACGAGCGCGGGCUCAAGCGCGCCGCCGUCACCAACGCGCCCAGGGCCAACGCCGAGCUCAUGAUCUCCAUCCUCGGCCUCACUGACUUCUUCGAGCUCGUCGUCACCGCCGAGGAGUGCGAACGAUUUAAGCCCUUCCCGGACCCGUACCUCAGGUCGCUGGAGCUGCUCGGUGUCUCGCCGGAGCACGCCGUCGUGUUCGAGGACUCCAUCACUGGCGUGCAGGCCGGCGUUGCUGCUGGGAUGCCGGUGGUUGCCAUCGCCGAGGAGAGCCGGGAGGACAAGCUGCUCGCCGUCGGCGCCACGCUUGUCAUCAGGGACUACGAAGAUCCCAAGCUCUGGGCAGCAUUGGACAAACUGGACACCGCCAAGCCUGAAGCUGCUGCUGAGGCUAAUGGAACUCAUACACAACUGUAG